AUGACGUACCUUCUGCGACACGGCGCUGAGAAGGAAGGCGUUCCCAUGAGCAAGGAUGGCUUUGUUCAUACUGCUGAUUUGCGUCGCCAUGACAAGCUGCGCCAUCUGGACGAUGACACGGUUCGCGAGAUUGUCGCCACUGAUGCCAAGGGCCGUUUCGAACUGCGCGAGGGCCCCCUGCGCGUGCGCGCCACCCAGGGCCACUCGCUCAAUGUGCAAGAGGACAGCCUUCUUGAUCCUGUCCUGAGCGCAGCAGACUGGCCCGUGGUUGUCCACGGCACCUAUCAUGCCGCCUGGGCCCAAAUUCAGCGCGAGGGCUUGCGCACCAUGGGCCGCCAGCACAUUCACUUCAGCACUGCCGAGCCGGGCAGCCGUGAGGUGAUUUCUGGUAUGCGCACCACCUGCAACGUUUGGAUCUACCUCGACCUCGACCAAGUGCUCCGCGAUGGUAUCCCCGUCUUCAUCUCCCGCAACCGCGUGCUCCUCACGGCUGGACAAGACGGCGUCCUGCACCCCCGCUACUUCAAGCGGGUCGUGCGCAAGCCAUCAUGA